CUCAUAUAUAUACUGUAUAUAAAACCCACAUCCUUGUCCUAAAACUCUCAUCCCACCCUCUACACUGCUACCACACAGGCCACUCUCAUAACCCACUCUCUGUAAUCUGCAACCAUGCUUCUCACUCUACUCUUCUUUCUCUCUCUAGCAUUACUCCUCCUCUCUCUCCUAUUCGCCUUCUGUGAGUACUAUCGUAAUGAACUCUCUAACAACCCAACAAAUGGCCCUCCAACGUACCCAAUCAUCGGCUGCCUCAUCUCCUUCUACCGGAACCGACCCCGUCUCCUGGACUGGUACACGGACCUCCUAUCCGUGUCCCCAACGCAGACCAUCGUCCUGACCCGGUUCGGCGCCCGCCGAACCAUUGUCACGGCGAACCCCGAAAAUGUGGAGCAUGUGCUCAAGACUAACUUCCAUGUGUAUCCCAAGGGGAAACCAUUUACGGAGAUUCUUGGGGAUUUUCUUGGGUUUGGAAUAUUCAAUGUGGAUGGGGAAAUGUGGAGCACGCAAAGGAAGCUAGCGAGCCACGAAUUUAGCACAAGGUCUUUGAGAGAGUUUGUGGUGAAGACCCUCGAGGAAGAAGUGCAAAACCGUCUUUUCCCCUUACUCGAAUCAGCCGCAGAAACCGACUCCGUUUUGGACCUCCAAGACAUCUUGAGAAGAUUCGCCUUCGACACUAUAUGCAAGGUCACGCUAGGCACCGACCCACACUGCCUAGACCUCUCCCGCCCUCCUCCGCCGCUCAUGGCGGGGUUCGACGCCGCCGCCGAGAUCAGCGCGAGACGCGCCACCGCGGCCGUCCCCUCCUCGUGGAAAAUAAAAAGGGCGUUGAAUAUUGGCUCCGAGGCGAAACUGAGAGUAUCUGUUGAUUUGGUGCAGGCAUCAGUUGACGCGAUUAUAGGGGAGAGGAGGGAGAAAAUCGACAAAUGCGGUGACGGGAAGUGCGACGGUGGUGAUUUGCUAUCGAGGUUGUUGGCCGCCGGCCACGCCGAGGAGGCAGUGAGGGAUAUGGUGAUAAGUUUCUUGAUGGCGGGAAGGGACACCAGCUCGGCCGCCAUGACGUGGCUUUUCUGGCUCCUUUCCCGCCACCGUGGGAUUGAGAAAGAGAUUAUUGAGGAAGCGACGUCGUUUUAUAAAGACGGUUCCAAACACUCUCUAAAUUUUGAUGAUUUGAAGGACAUGAAUUACCUGAAAGCGUGCUUGUGCGAGUCCAUGAGGCUCUACCCACCCGUCUCGUGGGACUCCAAACACGCGGCGGCCUCCGAUCGGUUGCCCGACGGGACAGCGGUGAACAAGGGCGACAGGGUGACGUACUUCCCGUACGGAAUGGGGAGGAUGGAGGAGCUGUGGGGGAAGGACUGCCUCGAGUUCAGACCGGACCGGUGGUUCGACGAACCGUGGGAAGAAGGCUGGGGGGCCAUGAAGACGGUUAGCCCCUACAAGUUUCCGGUCUUUCAGGCCGGGCCUAGGGUGUGUUUGGGGAAAGAAAUGUCUUUCAUUCAGAUGAAGUAUGUGGUGGCUUCGGUUCUGAGGAGCUUCGAGGUUUGCCCGGUCCGGCCCGAGGAGGAGCCGGUUUUCGUGCCUCUGUUGACGGCUCAUAUGGCCGGUGGGUUCAAUGUUAGGGUACGGAAAAGGAAUUCGGCUACAGCUUAGUCGUUACGUCGGUGCACGAUAAGUACGGAAUAUAUGAUAUCAAUGCGGUUCUGAUCACUGAAGGGAGACGAAUAGUGGAUCCGUAAAAAUUCAUGAUGUUAUUAUAAAUAAAUCGUCUCCUUGUAUGGUUGUGAUUGUAUAAAAGUUUUGCGCGUCCAA